AUGGCGACGACGUCGUAUUCCCAACUCCACCGGUGCACUCCACUCUCACUCUCCCUCCCUUCCCCUUGCUCUUGUCCCUGCCGUCCCUCGCCCUCAAGAACCCUAGUAUUUACUCGUACGUCGGCCAAAUUGGGUAAUUUGGAUCUCUUUUUCGAUGGGAAUAGACGUCCUCUGGGGCUCGGCCGGAAUGGAAUUUUGGCGCGCCGCCGUGUACUUACGGCUGUGGCUCGGGCGGAGCCGGAGAACCUUGGCGAUGACAAUGCCAACCAGGAAGUCCACAAAGGCCAUAAAUUGUCAUUGAAUGAGGAUGUAGUCUCAGAGCAUCAACAGAAAGCAAGUCAGUUAAAGAAAAGAAUUUUCUUUGGACUUGGUAUUGGGUUAUCUGUUGGCGUUGUUGUGUUGGCUGGAGGAUGGGUGUUUGCAGCAGCUGUGGCGGCAGCUGUUUUUGUUGGUGCACGUGAGUACUUUGAAUUGGUUAGGAGUCAUGGAAUCACUGAAGGAAUGACACCUCCACCUCGAUAUGUAUCACGAGUUUGCUCUGUAAUUUGUGCUCUCAUGCCUCUAGUAACCUUGUAUCGCGGACAGAUUGAUGUUUCUGUCACAUCUGCUUCCUUUUUUGUUGCUAUGGCGUUGCUUUUACAGAGAGGAAAUCCUCGCUUUGCACAGCUUAGCAGCACUAUGUUUGGGCUCUUUUACUGUGGUUAUCUUCCUUGUUUUUGGGUUAAGCUUCGAUGUGGUCUAGUAGCACCAGCCUUGAACACUAGAAUUGGAGCAUCAUGGCCCAUCCUUCUUGGUGGACAAGCUCAUUGGACUGUUGGUCUUGUGGCAACCUUGGUUUCUUUCAGUAGCAUUAUUGCAGCCGACACUUGUGCCUUUUUGGGUGGCAAGGCAUUUGGUAGGACGCCCCUAACUAGUGUUAGUCCAAAGAAGACGUGGGAAGGAACUAUUGUAGGCUUGGGUGGUUGUAUAGCCACUUCUGUUGUGUUAUCAAGGAUUUUUUGCUGGCCAAAAUCUUUGCUAAGUGCUAUAGCUUUUGGAUUUCUCAAUUUUUUUGCGUCUGUCUUUGGUGAUCUUACUGAAUCAAUGAUCAAACGUGAUGCGGGUGUUAAGGACUCUGGGUCUCUAAUACCAGGACAUGGUGGAAUACUAGAUAGAGUGGACAGUUACAUGUUCACAGGUGCACUUGCGUACUCCUUUGUCAAAACCUUCUUGCCAAUGUAUGGAGUUUGAUAGAAGUGUUUUGUCAUCGCUGAUUGAGAUUCCAAACGAAAUUAUGGCCAUUACAAAGUGAAACUGAGGUUGAAGAGUUUUGGUUACCAUCCAUGUGCUAACCUUCAGGCUGCAAGCUUGUUGGAGGGACGAUUUCUUCCCUUUAAUUAUCUCCGAAACGGCGCUUGAGAUUUUCCAAGUUCAUUUUAUUCUGAUCUAGAUGCAUUCUAAAAUCAUUUUCCUCGUCAGUUGUAAGGGACUUGAGGUUACGUUGCCCGGCUUAACCAGGUCCUGAUAGUCCUCACCGUACUGCAUGUUUUGAGUUACACGGCAUCGCUUGUACUUCAAUCUAGUUACCCGGAGUCGCUGGUAGCAUGGAUCGUUGUCGACGCCUACAGUAGAGAUGCUUUGAGCCAUUGACACUAGUUUCUUUUCAACAGUGAUUUAUUUUGAUUUUAUUUUGUAUAUUUACGUCGAAUAAGGCUCAUUAUGAUUAUUUUUAAAGUGUACUGCUGUUGUGAAAAAUAAGAUAAGUUGCAUCAUUCUAUAGAA